GAUCCCCCGGCGGCAGUUUCACAAGGAUACAGUACAGAUUACCAAAGAGAACUUUCCGAAGAGCAUUUCUGAAGAGUCUUAUUUGAUAUGUGCCAGUUAGUGAGGUGGUGGUGUUCACAUGGAGAUUAAAAGUCAUCCUGGGAAGGAACCACUCAUAGGACAAAAGGGGCUGUACCAACUUACAUUCCCACCAACAGUGGAUGAGCAUACGUUUUCCACCACAACCUCAAAAACACUUGACGUACUCACACCUCAGGUCAACAAGUUAAGGAACCCGGAUCCCAAUCGAAUGCAGAUGCCACAGGGGAACCCACUGCUGCUCUCAUACACCCUGCAGGAGCUGCUGGCCAGGGACACCGUGCAGGUGGAACUCAUUCCUGAGAAGAAGGGACUCUUCCUGAAGCAUGUGGAAUAUGAGGUUUCCAGCCAGCGCUUCAAGUCCUCUGUGUACAGGCGGUACAAUGAUUUUGUGGUCUUCCAUGAAAUGCUGCUGCAGAAGUUCCCAUACCGCAUGGUGCCAGCCCUUCCCCCCAAGAGAAUGCUGGGAGCUGACAAGGAAUUCAUUGAGGCCCGGAGGAGAGCUCUGAAGCGCUUUAUCAACCUGGUGGCCCGGCAUCCCCGCUUCUCUGAGGAUGCUGUCCUCAAGCUAUUCCUGUCCUUUGGUGGCUCCGAUGUGCAGAACAAGUUGAAAGAAUCAGCUCAGUGUGUUGGAGACGAAUUCAUGAAUUGUAAGCUAGCUACUCGGGCCAAGGACUUCCUCCCAGCUGACGUCCAGGCUCAGUUUGCUAUUAGCCGGGAGCUGAUUCGAAAUAUCUAUAACAGCUUUUAUAAACUUCGAGAUCGGGCCGAGCGAAUUGCAUCAAGGGCCAUUGACAAUGCUGCUGACCUUCUCAUAUUCGGGAAGGAGUUAAGUGCUUUAGGGUCUGACACAACCCCGCUCCCUUCCUGGGCCACUCUGAACAGUAGCACCUGGGGGUCCCUUAAACAAGCUCUGAAAGGCCUGUCUGUUGAAUUUGCGUUGCUCGCUGACAAGGCUGCACAGCAGGGCAAACAGGAGGAGAAUGAUGUAGUGGAGAAAUUGAACCUCUUCUUGGACUUGCUGCAAUCCUACAAAGACUUGUGUGAGCGGCACGAGAAGGGUGUGCUGCACAAACACCAGCGUGCCCUGCACAAGUACAGCCUGAUGAAGAGGCAGAUGAUGAGCGCCGCUGUGCAGAGCCGUGAGCCCGAGUCUGUGGAGCAGCUGGAGUCCCGCAUCGUGGAGCAGGAGAAUGCGAUCCAGACCAUGGAGCUUCGGAACUACUUCUCCCUGUACUGCCUACACCAGGAGACGCAGCUAGUGCACGUUUACCUGCCCCUCACCUCCCACAUUCUCGGGGCCUUCGUCAACUCUCAGAUCCAAGGGCAUAAGGAGAUGAGCAAAGUGUGGAAUGAUCUGAAGCCCAAGCUAAACUGCCUCUUCGCGGGACCAAACAGCUCCCUGACCCCACCGAGGUCGCCACAGGAUGGCCUCUCUCUUCACUAGUGCCGAGAGGACCGGGGCGAGAGCUCCGGCGUCCUCACUAAAAUGUCUUUCCAAACGGUGUGUCCCUGUUUAAUUCCCUCAGACAGCGCUGCGCCCCCCUCCUGUGUGCUCCCCGGCCUGGGGCUGAGGCCUCUGGAGCAGAAGAGCUGAUGCUGGGCAGGGUAGGGCCAUAGCUGUCCCCUCGGGGGGAGCAGAGCCUAGCAUCCCAAGGCCUCUCAGCAUCCACUGAAGACCCAGGGUCUGCUGCAGCGUCCCCACCCCCUCUGGCCUGACACCUGCCCUGUGGCCUGUCGUUUUGGUGCUGAGAAGUGUUCAGUUCCCUGAAAUGAUUUCUCCUGAUACGCAGCACAAGUGGAAAUGAUGGUUUGCACACAGCAGAUGGUGCCUGGGAGCGUGUGCAAGGAAGGGGGCAUGUGCUAGAACAGUCAAAAGGGUGAGGGAGAGGAAGCUGAGGCCUCAUGGUGGCAGGAUAGUCUCUGCAGCCAGCACUCUGCUGUUGCACAAGUUGUGCCUUUGACAUGUAAUUGGGCAGUGAGAGUCAGACAGGUAAUUAAGGCCAGCAGAUGCCCUGGAUGCGUGUGUGUGGUGCCAUGAGUGCCUAUGAGUUGGCAGCUGUGCCAGAAGGUGAGGAUCUAAGAGUCACUGGGUGCAGAGUGCUAAUUUCCAGGGGAUGAGCUCCAGAGGUGCCCCAGGGGUUUUGGGCUGGGUCUUACCUCUAGAGUAAUCUCCCCACGUCAUCGUCAUAUGCAAGCACACACCUCUCAGCUUCCUUUCUCACUGUGGUAACUGAGGGGACAACUUGUCCCUGUGUGGGAUGAAGUGAUUGUAGAGCUCCAUGGGGUAGUAUCUGCCGAGGCCUGCAGCCAGAUUGGCCCUUUUGGUUUCUUGGCCUGUGAGUUCCCUAUUCGCACCGGCGGGAAGAGAUGUGAGAUUCAGACUUGACCAUGGCGUUGCUGAGCUGCCUACCUUAUUUUUCAGUCUGAUGGGGAUGUUUCACUUUUGCCUGUGUGUCUAUGCAGCAUGCACCAGAAACAGAGGAGGGGGUUCUCAGGUAACUGCAUGCCCCCAGCAGGCUGGUUUCCCUAACAAACUAAUGCAUAUCACAGUCCAGGGGAGAGGAUCUUUUGGAUCUGGCCAGACAGCUGUGUCAGGCCAGGAUGCUCGUGUGGAUUACAUGGGAGUGGGGGUGGGAGAUACUGCGCCUUCCCUGCCCCAGCCUGAGGCUCCUCAACGGCCUUUCUGUGCCUGUGUAACUUCUGGCUGAAGCAAGGGACAGCGUCACCCAGAGUCCCGUGAUUGGGGGCUGUUAGGAUCACGUGCCCAUGUUUCUGGACUGCUUUGCUUUUUGAUCUGCGUGAGACAAGUUCUCAAACAUCUUGAGUGGGCCUGUGCUGCCCCACAGGGUGGGUCCCUCCAGCACUGUGUAUCCUUAAGCCAGAAAUUAUGACCACACGCUUCUUCUGUCUCACCCUGUGGUGGCACCGCAGAGCUGCCAUCGCUUACCUGCCUGGGUCCUGCUCAUGGGGGUCAAGGACAAGUGACCACAGCAUACUGGAGUUGAGUGAAUGCACUAACCCCCAACCAGGUCCAUCUGGAAGGGCACUUCUAGUUCACCCCAACCUCCAGCCCCUGCACUGUAGGAAUUAGGGAUGGUCAGGGCACUGUGUUUUUCAGCCAGGAUAGCACGGGUCAUCUUCCCACCAAGCCUCGCUGUUGGCCCUGACCCUGGGCUACUGCUGGUGGGUCCUCAGGCUUGGGGGUCUGGUGUUUUCUGCUGGUAUUUACCUGGGGGAGGCUGCUCUCAGCUCCAAGGUGGAGGACCCGGGGUGAUAGAGUCUCUGCUCACCCGCCUCUAUACCUUCCUGCUACCUGAGCUCUCCCUGCAGACUGGGGAGAGUGCACAUCGCUGUGGCCAUGCCACAUCCAUGGAGAACAUCCCAGUGGGAUGUGCCGUCGACAGGGUCCUGCCAUUCCAAGAAAUCCAUUGUUGUAGGAAGACUGGCGUGAAGUCCAGCCACUGCCUUAGCGUGCCUCGGAACUCUGGCAUAGGUCAGGGCCUUCCAGUCUGUGUCCAGUCUGUUCUUCCCGUGUCCACCUACUCAGUGGUUACAGAUGAGCUCUGGCCCCUUGGGCUAGCACCACAGAAUAGGAAAGGAAGAUGUGACGGGGGACAUGUGACUCAUCAGCAUGGUUCUGUAUCUAAGGCCUUCCCUCUUUGAGGGAGUCGGUUUUUUGUAUGAAGCACUUUAUAAGGCUGCAGGAAUUAAUUACUACCACACCCAAUAAACUGGAAUUGUUUACAAAUGAUAUAUAUUCUGAGAUUUUUAUCAAUAAACUUACAUGAACAAUUAUUAAACAUAUUUAUAAAAGUUGGGUACAGCUGUGCGUUCUUUGU